AGCAGUUCGUCGGUCUCUCUGCUCACUCUGGAAGUUUAUCCACCUCUCUCUGCAUUUAUAUGUCAUCACCUCGCUUCGCUUCCACGUAUAUCUCCGCAUAAAGCAAGGACCGCCGCCGGAAACAAACCACCCCACGAUCAUCGAAUUGUGCAGCCAUGGCGUCCCCGCUCGCUCUCAGGAGGGCUCUUGCCUCCGCCGUCUCCAGCAGCAAGCUCGCGAGCCCGGUCCGGUCGGCUUCGGUGGCUCCGUUUCUGACGCCGGCACGCUCCUUCAACACCGACGCUCGGAUGACAAGAGUCGACGACGACGGAAGCAAAGCCGUCGACGUCGACCGGACCGCCCCCGACCGCUCCGUGUCCCGCCGCCGUGAUCGCUCCCUCGCUCCUUUCUCUGACGUGUUCGAUCCCUUCUUUCCCCCGAGGAGCUUCAGCCAAGUCCUGAACCUCAUGGACCAGCUGAUGGAGGACCCGUUCCAAGCAUCCCGCGGUGGCGGGUCGAGGAGAGGGUGGGACGUGAAGGAGGACGACAAGGCCCUCAAGCUCCGGGUCGACAGGCCCGGGCUGAGCAAGGAGGACGUGAAGGUGGCGGUGGAGCAGAACACCCUGAUCAUCCGGGGAGAAGGCGGGGAGCUGGAGGCGGGUGACAGGGACGAGGGGAGCGUGCGGAGGUACUCCGGCAGGAUCGACCUGCCCCCGAACCUGUACAAGAUGGACGAGAUAAAGGCGGAGAUGAGGAACGGAGUGCUGAAGGUGGUGGUGCCCAACGCGCAGGAAGGAGAGAGGAAGGAUGUGUUGGAGGUUCAGGUGGAGUAAAGGCAGCAAGUGUAUGCUCGUGCGCGCAUAGGUUUGAAUGUAACAGUGUAAUGUCCUUUAACUUUGUAUUAUAAGUUUUAAGAAUAAUAAAGACAGCGAGCGAUAUUAAACAGCGGACAAAGUAAGCAUCUCAUCGACAGACCA